AGAAUAGGGCCCUUAUAGCCCAGUGUUUCUCAAACCUUUCCUUUGGGACCUAGUGGCGUUGAAUGAAUUUGAUCAGUUACAGAUAUAGCAUACUUCAACUUGGGAACAGAUCAUUCAGCCCUUGGAUAGGAAAUUAGGUGUGUGUGGGGGUCCUAAGGGAGCAGCGACACCCAACACCGCACGGGGCUACCCUUGGAAGGCGGAGGGGCUCCUCGGAAAAGUGCGCGGUGACACUUGUUCUCACUGGCAACUGCUUGGCUGACUGGCGGGGCUGAGCACUGAAAGUCUAGGAAAAUGCCCGCGACCAUGCGCAAGCGCAUUGCUGGACUAGUAGCCAACCUCUCAGGGAAACUAGACGGAUUGAUUCAAGGUUCUCCUCCUAGAUGGACUCGGUUGCGGUACUGUAUGAAGGGGGUGAAGUUAACAUCUCUUUCACCUUCUGUUUCUAGCGUACAAAUAUAGACCUUUCCUUAAUGUACACCGCAAACUGUGACUUUGAUUUAGUCUCAUGGUCAAGUUUAGUCUGUUGUAGAAAAGUCUUAAGGAGUUCAUCGCAUGACAUGUAUUAAUUGAGGAGAAAAACAAGUUGCUCGUGGACUGGACAGAGGGACAUAGGGAGAUUCCGUGAGAACACUUGCAGAGCGCGUAUGGAUUACAUGUAAAGCCAGUUUUGGUUUCGCAGGAUCUCUGGGGAAAGUCAUCGGAGAAGUGUAUUUUCAGGAGACCAUGGACAGCCUCGCUUCCGUGCCAGAGGGAUUCAGCUCAGCCUGGAUUGAUGUUGGAUGUACCCGGGGCUCCGAGAGCUCACAGUAGUUGAAUGGAAACAAAGACGCGCUAUGAAAUAAUAGAGCAGGUUAUUUAUAAGAUUGGUGGCACAUUUAUUUAUGUUCAAGGUAUUUGAUAAUGUUUUUUUUUUUUUUUUAAAGGGUUACUAAAACUUUUGGGAAUCUUGAUAACUUCAAACAGUGGAUACUUUUUAAAAUCUUCGGUGACACAUUUGUGGAUCUAUUGAAUUAGGCCACUGACGAAAUUUCACUGUCAAAUGAAAGUUUCACAUUUUUUUUGUUUUGUUUCCUUUUCGUAGCCUCUCUAUUUCAUUUAUUUCAUCCACCGUAUCAGCCUUUUACCAAAUCUUAAGUUAAACGAAAAAAAACGUCGGGCACCGGGAUCGCGAUGUGUGGUGGCCGAGGUCUCCCAAUGUCUAUCACAGUGGUUGUGACUUUACUCCUGGCUAUUAUUGACGUAAAGGCGAGUGGGGAGUACUGUCACGGUUGGCAUGACAGCCAGGACACCUGGAGAGAGGGCUUCCAAUGCCCGGAGAAGUUCGAUGGUGAGGAUGCUAUCAUCUGCUGCGGGAAAUGCGAGCUCCGCUAUUGCUGCGCCAGUACUGAAGCACGCCUGGACCAGGGGACUUGUGACAACGAUAAGCAGGCGCAGGAACCUGGCACGGAAAGCAAGGAGAACAAGGACACGGGCGCGGUGCCCAUAUACGUUCCUUUCCUGAUCGUAGGCUCUGUCUUCGUUGCCUUUGUCCUGGUGGGUUCCGUGGUUGCCGUGUGCUGCUGCCACUGUCUCCGCCCCAAACAGGAACUGUCGUCAGGGGGCAGCGGAGGGGGCGGGUCCGGCGGUGGCCGUCUCCUCGAGACCAUUCCCAUGAUGGCCAGCGUGGGCACCUCUCGCGGCUCCUCCUCCCGCCAAUCAAGCACGGCCACCUCGUCGAGCUCGUCCGCCCCCCCCCGCGCAGGCGCCUCGCCCCGCCCCCCACCCAUGAUGCGGACCCAGGCCUCCUGUUGUCUCCCCCCGGACGCCAGUGUCUUCGUCAACAUGCCCACCAACUUCUCCGUGCUCAACUGCCAGCAGGCCACCCAGAUCAUGCCCCACCAGGGACAGUACAUCCACCCCCAAUACAUCGGCUACGCCACCCACCACAUGUCCCCACCACAGGGGGUGUAUCUGGACCCCAACCAGGGGGGCUACAGACAGCUGCAGUCCCCCUAUCCCCCGCCGACCAGUGUGGCCAGUGUCACCAGCGAGCAGAAGUUCCCCCCGGUAACAGUUUGAGGAGGGGCCCCCUUUCGGGGACUGUGUUUAACAGACCUUGUGAGGACUGUGUUCCUGCUCCGCCAGAAAGCCUUGUGAGGACCGCAUGAGAAACCCUAUA